AUGGCGGAAAAAUCUACCUGUGAAUACCUUCCCGGUACUUAUUAUACGUGGUUUACAUUAUUUCAACUUCCACAGGAAAUUCCACGCAAAGAGAAUUAUAGUAAUAGGAAAGAAGAUGAUGAUAAAGAUAAUGAUAAAGAUGAUGAUAAAGAUGAUGAUAAAGAUGAUGAUAAAGAUGAUGAUAAAGAUGAUGAUAAUAAUAAAGAUAACUAUGAUGAUGUUGAUGAUGUUGUUGAUGAUGAAAAUUAUGAGAUGAUAAUGAUAGAGAUUAUGAUGAUGAAAAUGAUGAUAACAAUGAUGACAGCGUUAGCACAAGUGUCAGCUAAACACUGA